AGAGCUUGUAGAGCUGCUUUCUCGCCGGGCGCCGUUCCAAGCCUCACGUACUCGUCGCACGCGCAUGUUGUGGCCGUCCGUCUUUGCAGCCCUCACAGGCUUGGCGCAUGGCCGCAGUACUUGGGGCGUCAUCGAUUCGAGGAGAGCCAGGGCAGCAAGAAGCCUGCGCCAUGGAGGAUCCAAGGCUCCCUUCUGCUUUGCCCUCAAUUCAGGACUUGAAAGGGGAAAGAGCGCAUGAGACGCCAUCUGGAGAGCCCACAUUUGUGAAAGAAACGGAGGAAUCGAGGUCAUGCCCAGCUCCACAAGCUGAUCCACCGCCCACGCGAACUGCGGAGCAAAAUGUAGUUGUGCAGAAGAUUUCUGGGGAUGUAGCGUGCCAGUAUUCCAGUGUCGUUGACUGUCCAUCACAAGACCUGGGCCAGAGCGUUGAUUAUUACAACUCUCCUGGUCACUCCUCAACUGAUGGCUCGACUGACAAGAACAAACUCAAUGAGGGCAACAGCAGUGAUGGAGGAGACAAUGCGGGGCGCGUUGCCCGGGCAUCAGAGAAUGUCCAGAAUGCGCGAUGUCCGGUGGCAGUGGCUGCUACAUCGUCAGCCUGCUCUGCUCCUGUAAACCUGUCCGGACCAAUAGUCAGUGGCGCAGCUGCAGUAUCGCAAGUGAAUAGUGUACAAACAAUAGCAUGUCCAGAUGGAACUGCUGUUACAUAUAGUGGUAUCGCAUCCAGCUUAGUGCCUCCUGGCCUGGUCAUCCCACAGUUAUUUUCAUCAUUUUCGGCGUCGGCAGCAGUAGCAACAACCAGUCAGAUUGCGGCUGGCGUGCAGUAUACAUGCAUGCCAGUUUCCACGUCAACAGUUUCUGCACACCCAUUAUUCACUGACAAAAUGCUGCAUCCGUCCAGUGUGUCUCUCGAAUCGAGUCCAGGUAUGGGCUCAGAUGAUGAUGACGAUGAGGACAGCAGUAGUGGUGAUGAUGCGGACAAUGAAAUGAGUGAAACAGAAGAGAUGGACACGUCGAGUCUUUCUGACCUGAAUGCGCUGUCUGCGUCUCAGGCGGAAGCUGACGGCAUGUCCGGCAUCUCGCAGCUAAUACAGGCGGCACAAGCUGACUUGACGCCAGGCAUUGAAAUGCUGGCAGCUGCGGCGCAGAAUGCUACUCCGGCUGGUUUCCCUUGCCCACAUUGCAACAAAACUUACCCGAUGGCAUCUGGUCUCCGUCGCCACGUCAAGCGAUCACACAGCAGCACAAGUAACAGCAGCAACGGCAAUCCGUUUGCAUCGUCCAGCCAGCAGAGCGAGAAGCGGCCUGGGAAGUGUUCGUUUUGCCAAGCAGACCUGCCGUACCCAGCAACGCAGGCUGUGCGCAGGCGUCACAUGCGCGGCGAAUGUACAAUGAAUCCGUAUUCGUGCCCGAGCUGCUCCAAAGUGUUUGUAUCACCUGGUGGACUGCAGCGACACUCUCUCAUGCACAACGGCAAGCGACCAUUCCAGUGUACUAUCUGCAGUAAGGAGUUCACGCAAGCAUCUCACCUGAAGGUGCACAUGAACGGGCACACGGGUGAAAAGCCGUACCAGUGCGAUUUUGAAGACUGUGGCAAGACAUACUCUGACCCGUCAUCGCUGCGUUCACACAAGCUUGCCCACGCUGGCAUCAAGGCGAAGAAGAAGCGUAACCCAGAUGCUCCCUACUUGGCUAAUCCAAAGUGUGCAUACUGUGACCAGCGCUUUGCUUCUCGCGCGGCUCGUGACCAGCAUGCGCGUGAGUGCGCGCGUAACCCGUAUAGGUGCAUGAUCUGUCAAAAGGCCUGCCUUGGGAUGGUCAAGCUGGAACGCCACAUCCGAUCUCACUCACGGUCACGGGUGUCGAGUCUGAAGGCGCAGGAGAUGGCGAAGAACAAGAAGACGCAAUCGCCAGAUCCCAAGUGUGCAUACUGUACUGAACGAUUUCCAACACGAGUUGUCCGUGACCGCCAUUCACGCAUGUGCUCCAAUAAUCCGUAUCGCUGCAAGCUGUGCUACAAAGCGUUCCUGGGCUCCGCAAAGCUGUUGCGCCAUGCGCGAUCGCAUGCUGAAGGUACCUCUACACCGUCGGCUGCAGCCACGGCAGCAAUCGCGCAUGCCACUGCGCUUGCAGAGGCCAAUCCUGAAGAAGCUACUAGAUGUGACAAGGCUGAGCAGACAGCUGAUCCACCGUGCGUCAGCGAUACGACGAUGACAGGGAUUGAUGCUCAAGUUUCAAGUAGUUCAUGUGCAGCUACACCAUCGCUUGUUGGCUCUGUUAGCUCUACCCCACUUGCCAGUAGUCCACUAUCUGUGUUGGCACCUGCAAGCAGUGCGAACUUGAACAGUCUCUUGAUGACGCCAAGCAAUCAUAAUAUGAUUGCAAUUCCGACACCAAUAGGCUACUCACUUGUUCCCAAUCCGUUCUCAUCCCUCGGAAACACACCACUGAUGACCCCGUCUGCGCAGGAGGAGGCCUUGUCCGCUCAGUCCGGCGUUUUCAACCAGCAGUCUGGCCAGACUGCAGUGCAGAGCGUGGUGAGUACAGCCAGUGUACUGGGCGGCCAGGAUCUUGCGUCCACUAACAGCACUCUUUCAGCUGCAGCCGCCGAGGCAUGCGAAGCUGCUAGUACUGCGAGCUCAGCUGACUCGGUAACACCUACUAUUGUUGUAAGAGAAGAUUGUCUAACGGGCAGUCCGCCAGAUGCCGCAUUACUCGCCUGUGCUGGCACACAGCAGCAGCAACAGGGCGAGAGUGGAUCUACUCCGGCCGGGACACAGCCUGAAACCUCUAUUGAUCUCUCCGACAAGCCAACCUCAUCUCUGAUGUCACGCGAAACCGAGCCUGUAGCCAUGGACACCACCCAACAAGAGACCAACACCGAGCCCUCUGAUAACCCUAUGUGUGCUUCUGUAGCGUCAGCCAGCACUGCUGUUACGAGCACUACUGUUGCAGUGGCAGCUGCACAUGCUGCAUCUGAUUCCAAUCCCCCAGUGCAAAACCAGCAGUCAUUUCUCUCCUCCCUGCAAGCACCAUUCCCGUAUCCAUUUGAGAUGCCGACUGUUCCUGGUGUUUCUCUCACCGGUGGCACAGGUACUGCUGCUCUUGAUCCCGUGCCCAGCCUCCUACAGAGUAUUCUGGCAGGCACUGAUAGCAUGGCUGGCACGUCCCAGGUUCCUCUGCAACAGCAAGCUUCCGUUGCUCAGCAGGUACAGGAAUUAUUGCAGAGCAGUGCCCAGGGUACUGUCGAACUGCAGCAACAGUUGCAGUCCAUCUUUCCACUGUCCAGUGCAGAAGCGGAAAAGCUCCUCGCGCCGCAGAAGCCCGCAAAUGAGUCUGCGGCUGCCGAAGUCCCUGUAGAUGCCACUAUUUCGAAAGCAGAAUUGAAUGAUGCUUCACCGCUGGCAGCUGAACUCGCGGGGGCAGACUCUGCCGUCCCCUCGUCGUAGAAACAACUUCAUUGUUUUGUUACCGUGUGUUGCAUGCAGUGGAGUCUCUCAGUGCUGUGAUACCCUCCAUUGAAAUUUUUCUCUUUUUUUCUUAUUCCUUACAUUUGUUGACCCAGCUGUGCUAGAGGAUUUGCUCAUCCAACAUAUUUCUCAUGCAACUCACGACCAUGUACGAAAACUGAAAAAUCAAACCCAUCAUCCAUCUAGCCCGGCUCUAAAUAGGUGCUCAUCUUGUUUGUGUUUAUGGGGUGAACCUUUAGUAAAUGAUUUGGUUUUCCGCUAUAGCCUUCGAUACGCCACUAGUGCUCUUCCCAUGUUUUUGCUGUUUUUUAUUUUAAAUAUUUCAUGAUAGUGGUUUUGUAAGCUGGGCUUCAAAAAACUCACCCCUUUCUUUCAUGUUUCAACCCCGACAGUCAGUCUCGUCUUAUCUCGUCUUGUCUGACAGAAUACUAUUGUGUUGAUCUAUUGUUUGUGUGUGCGUACCCCUCUCUUUCAUGUUUCAACCCCGACAGUCAGUCAACAUGACUGUAUUAACUCGCAGAA